AUGAAGCGGCCGAUUCGUACAUAUGCUCUUCGCCAAGGCUUUCUGGAGGAGUUACAGCCUAUGCUCCAGCAAGGCGAUCUUCAACGCGCUGUUGACUAUGCUAUGGAAGAGAAGAUGUGGGCACAUGCCAUGACGAUUUCCCAGCAGUUGGACUCUUCGGUGCGCACUCAUGUGAUCAAAGAGUUCAUACGAUAUGAAUUGGAUGAGACCCCUGCCGACAGUAUGCUGCAAAAAGAUUUCACGAGCAUUAAGGUUGCUUACGGGCUUUACUCUAACCAAUCUUCUGAUCAAAUCACAGCCAUGUUCCGUGAUGCAACCAAUUUAUCGCCCGAAGCACAGCAUGUGCAAUGGCGGCACGCUGUUGCCACGCUGAUUGCCAAUCAUAAUGUUGCCAAUGGGUAUGAGACUAUUGUGAAUGCUAUUGGUGAGAGCCUUAUGGCUAAUGGGCUACCAGAGGCGGCACAUGUUUGCUAUCUGUUGUCGCAUCAAUACCGCAAGUGGCUUGGUUCAGCUUCGUCACCUUUCCUGUUGCUGGGCACUACAUCUUUGACCCCUGUUUCCGCGCUGGUUAAUGACAUGGAUGCGUUACUUAUGACUGAAGUUCUGGAGUUUAUUUUGUGUCUUUCGCAUCCGAAGGGUGCUGAGCCAUUUAGUGGUAUCCCUGCAUUGGCUCCCUUCAAGCUCAUGCGUGCCAUUGUAUGUGACGAGCUCGGUGACACGACCCAAGCUAAGAAAUACUGUGAAGCUUUGGCUCAGCUGUCGCAGACCAAGGGGACUGCACAGGUCCUUCCCCCCAGCGUGCAAUUGGAACUGCAUGAGUUUAUGGCACGUCUGAACGGCCCGCGUGCUGAUGAAAACCACUCUUGGAGUAAGAAACUCCAACGUCCCACGUUGGAUGGCGUCUGGGGUGCACUUGAAGGUCGCCUUACAAAAUUCAUUGCUGGGGAAGAGAUGACUCCUGAAGCCCAACCUACCAAAACGGCAGGGAAAGGCGUGGGUGCAUUUACGCAUUACAGUGCUAUAACUCCCGAGGUGGCUUCAUCGGAAGCUGCUUCUGGAAACGAUGCGGAAGUGGAUAAAGGUUUUGAAGCCCAACCUCAAAAUGAUCGUGAGCACGAAAUUAAACAAGAUCAGGAAAGCUAUGCCGGGUCCACCGCUCUUCAUACGAAUCAGGAUGACGGCCUAGGUGGAUAUGCUCAUGGUCUUGAGCUCAAUAAAGACGGUGCUCAAGAGAUUUUGAUGCAAGACCAGUACGACGAAGGAGCGUAUGCCGAGGAAGAAUACCCGGACCGUCAAUACCCUGAAGGAGAAUAUGCCGAAGGACAGUAUCCGGAUGGUGAAUACGUUACGGAUCAAUAUCCUGAUGGUCAACGCACUGCUAGCGAGUAUCCGGAAGAGCAAUUCUCAGGGGGCGAGUAUCCUGACGGUCAACACGUUGAAGGCGAAUAUCCCGAAGCCGAAUAUCCUGAGGGUCAACUCGGGGAUGGCGAAUACGCUGAGGGUGAAUAUGCCACAGGUGAAUAUCCCGAGGCCGAACUUCCUGAAGGUCAAUACGAUGAAGGCGAUUACGCUGAGGGUGAUUAUCCCGAGGGCGGGCAUGCCGAAGGUGAAUAUCCUGAGGCCGAAUAUCCUGAAGGCGAGUAUGCCGAAGGCGAAUACGCUGAGGGCGAAUAUCCCCAGGGUGAAUAUGCCGAAGGCGAGUAUGUUGAGGGCGAAUACGCUGAGGGCGAAUAUCCCCAGGGUGAAUAUGCCGAAGGCGAGUAUGUUGAGGGCGAAUACGCUGAGGGCGAAUAUCCCCAGGGUGAAUAUGCCGAAGGCGAGUAUGCUGAAGGCGAGUACGCUGAGGGCGAAUAUCCUGAAGGCGAGUAUGCCGAAGGCGAGUAUGCCGAAGGCGAGUAUGCUGAGGGCGAUUAUCCCCAGGGUGAAUAUGCCGAAGGCGAGUAUGUUGAGGGCGAAUACGCUGAGGGCGAAUAUCCCCAAGGUGAAUAUGCCGAGGGCGAGUAUGCUGAAGGCGAGUACGCUGAGGGCGAAUAUCCUGAAGGCGAGUAUGCCGAAGGCGAGGUGAAUAUGCCGAAGGCGAAUAUCCUGAGGCCGAAUAUCCUGAAGGUGAAUAUCCUGAAGGUGAACAUCCUGAAGGUGAACAUCCUGAAGGUGAAUAUCCUGAAGGUGAACAUCCUGAAGGCGAAUAUCCUGAAGGUCAUAACAAUGAAGACGAGUAUGCCGGGGGCGAAUAUGAAAAAGGCGAGAGUGCCGAGGGCGACUAUGCCGAGGGUAAGCAUACAGAACGCCAUCUUUCUCAGAUUAAUGAAGAAAAGGCUUCCGACCCUGGAAGGCAGGCCGAUGCCUCAGUGCAAUUAG